AUGGAAUUCGAGGCAGAUCUAAUCGAUGACCGUGUAUGGCUUGGGAGUCUUGCUGCAAUGGAGAAUACGAUAGCACUUAGCAAUCUUCAUAUCACACAUAUUUUAACUGUGAUAAAAUCAGAAAUAAGAGUCAAUGAAAACGAUAAUUUUGUACGAAAACAAAUCUAUGUUGAAGAUGAAGAAAUAACAGAUUUAUUAUCUGUAUUUGAUUCAUGUUACGAUUUUAUAGAUAAAGCUUUAUCGGAAAAUUCGACUAAUAAUGUACUCGUACAUUGUCUUGCUGGUGUAUCUCGUAGUGCUACUAUUGCAUGCAUGUGGUUAAUGCGUCGGCAUAGUUUAUCAGCUAAUGAUGCAUUCAAACGACUCAAGCUUGCACGUCCGUUUAUUCAACCAAAUCUCAGUUUUUGUACUCAAAUAUAUCUAUUCGAGCAAAUGAACAACAAAUUAGAUGUUAACCAUGAAUUGUACAAAGAAUUUCAUUUUGAACGUGCUCGUACCAUCUAUAUUGAUCAUGACACAGAAAAUGAAGGAAUCGAUAAAAAAAAUGAUCUCCGUCAACAAUAUCGCCAAGCAUUUACUUUACCGUACGGUCAUGCAAUGUGUACUGUAACAGAAACAUACAUUUGUCGUCAAUGUCAAACUGAAUUAUUUACUAAUGCUGAUCUAUCACGACAUUCAGAAGGCGGUGGACUAUACAAUUGGUUUAUGAAAUAUGGUAAAGAUAGAUUUUCCAAAUUAUUACCUGGAGUAGAAUGUCAUCAGCAAUUGUUUACUAAUUGUCUCCAAUGGUUGAUGGCUCAAAUAGAUACACCUACAAAUUCUCAUAAUGCUUCUAUUAAAUGUCUAAAAUGUUCUGAAAUCAUAGGAAAAUAUGAUCUAUAUGGUGCAAAAUGUUCAUGUGGUCGAUGGGUAAUGCCAGCGUUUCAUUUCGACAUCGAUAGAGUUGAAAAAAAGAACGCGACAAACAUCAAUAUUGAAACUAAAAAUGCAACAGCAUAG